AUGAAGCAAGUAGAAGGCAGGUACGUGCCAUUAGUGUUAACAGAACUAUCAAUUCUGAAGGAGGAAGUGCCUCCCUGCAUCUUAGAUGAAUAUAAAAAUGAAACUGGGUUUGUGGGGGUGAACAACUUCCGGAAAACUGGGAAUAUUUUUGGGUUAUCACAGCCGACAGCAGAAGGGAUUCAUAAUAUAGCGAACUUCUACAAGAAAAAGCUUAUUUGGAUAAAUUUAAGAGAUCAGCCAGUUAUAUACAUAAAUGGACUGCCAUUCCUCCUGAAGGACAAGAAGGCGCCAUUUUCUAAUAUUAAGUCAUUUGUUGGCAUAUCUUAUAAGAGAAUGGAAGAGAUGGAGGAGAGAAUAAAGAAGGAUGUGCAGGAAUUGGCAAAUUUAUCAGGAGGAUUUAUAAAGGUAUAUACUGAGAAAACCCCAAAAAUUCUGUGGGCCAGUAAUAUAUAUGUAAGAAAGGUGGAGACGGUUAGAGAAGUGUUUAAGAAAAUAGACGGGAUAAGAUAUUACAGAGUACCAAUAAACAGGAUUAAUAACAGAGAGUCAUUUAUAUCUGUACUUGAUGUGCUACUUAACAGAGAGGAAGAGGUUUUAGGCUCUGCUUAUUCUGAGUACAGUAUUGGAUUUAAUUCAAGUAAUGGGCUUGAUAAAACCUCGUAUGGAAUGAGUCUGUGCCUUUUGCGGGAGGUAAUAAACAAGAAACAGAGUGUGGAGGCACUGAACAAGCUUUCUAUCUUUACAAAAGUGAUCAAAUCGAUUGAGAGCGUGCACCCAAAAGAGAAUUUACCAGAAUUUUUAAUUAAAUCUGGAAAUGUUAUUCCUGUUCUGGAAAGAGCUCUAAAGGGAAAGUACUUGGUGAUUGAACGAUUAGUGAACGCAAUGAAUCUGCCAAGUGUACGGGUUUUAGUGAACACUGUUAUGAGCUCUGCUGAGUAUAAUCUUCUUGCGCUGCUCUUAGAAAGCAUACUGCGAUUCCAGAACAACAGAACUAAGACGGCAUUAAAGAGGUGCCAGGUAUAUCUUGAGAAUUACAUCUCACUAAUUCUAUACGCAAUUUAUAAAAAGCAAGAGAUGAAGUGUUCUUUUAUUGAGUGGGCAAGCGGAUCUUCAGUUGUUCAGGGAAUAAUUCAGGAGAUUUCUUCUAGUGUUCUAAGCGAGGAUUUAUUUAUUCCUGCUAUAAUUACUCAGCACAAGCCAAUUGAUCAAGGCUGGACAGCAAUAAUAGGAGCAGGGACUAUACUUCAAGCAGACCGGGACAUGAAUAAGCUCUUUGAAAAGGAAAAGAACCGAGCAAAAAAAACACAGCCAUUGGUUUUGCAGAUUCACCAGCCAAAUCUUAAAACAGAUGUGUCUUUCUUGCAGACUUCUGCGCUAUGGCUAAAUCUCCGGGCAGAGCCGGUAGUUUAUAUAGAAGGAGUGCCUCAUUCUGAGAGAGAUCGAAUUGAUCCAACCAGCAACAUAAGAACUAUUCCUGGGCUAACAGAGGAAUUAGUCGAUAAUCAGGAAAAGAUAUUGGUGCGUAGAAUAAGAAACGAAGGAAGCCAAAAACAAGGAGAAAUCAUGCUGUUCACCAAUGAGGUGAAUAAAAUCAGCACAAAACACGCAAAUGUGAAUGACAAGAAGGUACAGACAUGCAAAGAGUUUGUUUAUGAAAUGGGGGCUGAGCAGAUUGACUAUGUGCGAAUCCCAAUGAUUUCUAAGGCACCUCUAAAUCCUAACCUGCUGAAUAUGUUGUAUACAGUUAUAAACUCACAUAAAGGACACCCGAUAAUAUUGCAAGCAAGUGGAUACUUGGGAAGAAACAAAAUCGCUAAGAUAUUGGUUAUUUUGAUGGCAAAAACAGAAGAAAUUCGGGAAUCUAAUGAGCCUCUUCCAAAUUUACCAAGGCCGGGGCUUGUAAGAUCUAUAGAAACACUAAUUAGAAUACUGAGUAAUGGAAUUCAGUCUGAGCUAAUAGUAAGAUCUGUUUGGAGCGAGGUGAUGGGCCAAGAUGUGUACAGUGAGCAGAGUACAUCGUGUGUUGGCCAGAAAUCUCUUAUAAACUAUAUAUUAUUCAUUGCGCUUUCUUCAUACAUGCUGGAGAAUCCCUCUAUUCCAUUUAGAGACUGGCUAAAUAAGAGAAAAGAUAUUCUUAACAUUUAUGAAAGCUGUGUGAAUGAGAUAAAGGCAAUGGAAACAUCCCGCUUUGGCGGCAGCCCAGAAAAUACACCAAUUAUGCAAGAAGAGGAGCAGGAGACCAAGAUGGAGAUAAUCAAUCGGCCGUGGGGGCAUGUUCUAACACCGCACACGAUUCUGAAGAAUGACUUCUUCCCUGCCUUAAGAAUUAUAAAGGCAGAUACAACCGAUAUAAAAGGGUGCAGUAAUUUCCGGUCAGUGAGCUUUAACAAUGACAUAAUUGUAGGGCUAGCGCAGCCAACUGCUUGGGGAGUUCAAUCAUUAGUUGACUACUUCAAUAAUCCGCAAAUAUUAGAGAGUAUUCAGCGUAUGAAUCUAAGUAGUGCAAAUAAAAAGAGCUCUUUUAGACAAACGAUUCAUUGGUUCUGUCUGCGGCAAGAGCCUAUAGUCUAUAUUGAUGGAUUCCCAUUUGUACUACGUACUACAGAUAUGGUAUAUGAGAAUGUUAUUACAGAAGGAAUUAACAGAGAGUGGGUAGAGGAUAUAGAAGAAAGAAUGAAACUUGACUGCCUGAAUGAAUCUGGGAAGGGCGGAUUGGUUCUUCACAAUGAAGAAAUACACAGUGGUGAAGCCAUUCUGUCCUCUGAGACUGUUAUAAGUACAAAUGUUUUAACUCCUAAAGAAGUAUUCAUAAACAGUCGUCUGAAGUACUAUAGAAUGCCUAUAUCAGACGAGCAGACUCCUCUUCCAGAGAUAUUUGAUGAGUUAUACAGAAUAAUCAUGGCAGCACCAAAACCCAGAAUUCUUAUCUUUUCAUGUCAAAUGGGAAGAGGAAGAACCACAACGGGAAUGGUCAUAUCCAGAUUAAUAGGAUUCACAGAGCACAUGAACACCCUAACAUGCGCCGAAAGAAAACAGCUUUUAAAACAAAAACAGUUAGACAUUGUGUACCCAGACACUUACAAAAUAAUAUCCAAGCUAGUACAGGCCCUUCCCAUGGGACGAGAAAGUAAAAAUCUAGUUGAUUCUAUUAUUAAAGAAUGCAGCCACAUACAGAAUAUAUAUGAAGCAAUUGCCACCAGAACAGACAACACAGAAUACCUUAUGCGAUAUUUCUAUCUUAUAUGCUUUGGAUCAUUCCUUCUGGAAGGAAAAGAGAAAACCUUCUCCGGGUACUUAAAUGACAGAAUCGAAAUAGACGUAAUCGCAAAUGAAAGAGAAUACUAGAAAUCACACAGGUUGUACGCUAUUAUCCAUCCAGAA